ACGCGCCGCCCCGCGGGGGAACUCCAGGCUCGCAAACAUCACCGGGCAUUUCCGCCUCGCUCCAACAUGGAAGCGGCCCCUUGACUGCGGAGCGGCGGCGGCGCACUCAGCCCGGCUGGCGAUGGGAACGAGGCCGCGGCGGCGGCGGCGGCAGCGCCGGAUCCCCGCUUCUACGCCACACAAAGGCCCCCACUGUCACAGAAACAGAGCGUGACGCCAGGACCGGAGGCCGUGAUUUCCCACCAUGCCGAGCGGCGGCAGGACCCUGGACGAAUUUGCCGUGCCCGAGGCGGCGCAGGAGAUGAUGACGGUCCACCGCCCGCGGAUUGAGCAGCUCUUCAGGGUGGAGCUGAACGUCCUGGGGGUGCUGGAGUUGGCGCAGAGUCCCGACGGGGAGCCCCAGGGCGAGAGGAAGAUCUGGCUGCAGCUGCAGGGAUGUAGGGAGAAUCUGCAGAGGGCGAAGGAAUACAUCAAAGGCCUCUGUGCCCCAGAGCUGAAUGAGGAGGUUUGGUACCCUAAAGACAUGCAGUGCGUCUUCCUGGGGGCCCAAGGAUUGUUCUUGAACUGCCUCACCCAGGGGACAUCCGCAGACCUCACUCUUCUCCGCCCUGGCUCCAUUUUGGUCUCCGGCUUGGCCGAAGCCUUUGUCAUGGCCCAGAGUCGAAUCCAGGAUUUUGUGGAAAAAUACAAGAAGAACCCCAAACUGGAAGAGGAACGGGAGGCCCAGGUCAAGAGAGCCUUCCAGGAACUGGUGGAGGCCUACGAUGACAAAUAUGCCAUGGACCUCUUGAUCCUACCCACGGCAGUGAAGGAGGAGUUGCUCAGCUUGGUGAAGGAGAUUCAGGAAGAAGAGGGGGAGCAGAGGAAUGGGUGUUUGUCGCCACCGGGCUUUAGGCAAGACCGUUUGCCACAGUGGGAAACUGAAACGGGGGGUGGCGGUAGGCCUCGGUCUCCAGGUAGGCCUCAGAUUACCUCAGGUGCGCCCAUGGGGCUCAGUAGAGUUCGGGGAGAGAGUAGGCUUGGGGACUCUGGCUCUGACUUCCAUGCAGGCUUCACUAGGCCUCAGCAGUCUCUUCACAAGCCUCAAGGUUCUCCCCAGCCACAGUACUCAGCUAGGCCUGGAGAUUUUAGGACUCACGUACCUUCCAUAGUUGUUAGGCCUCGAGAGCAGACUCCGUCUCAGGUCUCAAAGGUUGACUCUCCCAAAGGUUGCGCCGAGGCUAGGCCGCAAGACUAUUUGGCAGGCUUGAAUGGUCUACGGGGCUGGUCUGAUGAGACAACCUCCCCGAGGCUAACGCAUCCCAAGAGUUCCCCCAAACCCAUUCCAGUUGCUCCUCAUAAGUUUCAGGUUUUUCCUGGUUUCUCAGGCCUUGCAGAGUCUUUGGAGGACCACCUAGAGGAAGGGAAGGAUACUUUCCGCGCCAGGGAAUCCAGCCCUGGGAGUUUGCCGGAAGAGAGCAGUGAGGAAGAGUUGUCCUCUUCUUCGUCGGACACCUUGCUGUCAUCGGGGAUGGAGAAGGAGUUCAAAAUGAGGCUCAACUUCUUUAAAACCAUGGGCUAUGAGGAGCGGUUAGUCAAAAAGGUACUCUUGGAGGGUGGGGUGCGGGAGGCCCCUUCGACUAUUCUGGAUAGGGUCCAGAUGGAGGAGGCAGGCUUGUCCAAGAAAGAUGACCCUGGCCUCCUCCGAAAGGAGCCGGGGGACACAGAGCACCCUUCCCCUCCGCCGGAGAAGAUCCAGGAUAAAGAUGAAUAUCUCUUGGAAGUCAUCAAAACGGCAGUUGCUAAUUGCGGCCACUCGCCCAGCAAGAUCCCCACAGGGAUACAGACAGGUGCUCCACUGGCAGACCUGCUGAGGCAACUCAACGAAAAGGAGGAACGUCAAGGUGAGGCUGAGGGGGCCGUCGGGGUAUCUACAACAAAGGUGGAACAUGGAGGUGUCCGAAGGGCGGCCAUCUUGAAUCAUGAAGAAUCGUCGCAGCACAGGAGCCAUCAGGAGACGGGGAGGAACCGCGCAUCCCCUUUCCGUGAGGAUGUCCGCGUCCCACCCAUUGACGCAGGCGUUCCUACUUUCUCUCCGGACAGGCCCCCCAACGCUAACCCCUUUUUCUCCACAUGGGAUUCUGAGGAGAGCCAUUCAGCGGAAAGCUCCAGUCUAGGACCCCCCAACCCUGGCGCUGUUUCGACGGUGACUGGGGCCCAGCGCUUCGAAGAGGCGCUCAGGACUCAGUUCAAGCUCACGCUGGCCAACACACCGGGGGAGAAGAAUCUGCGGAGGGUCAUUAUUGAUGGCAGCAACGUGGCCAUGAUGCAUGGCUUGAACCAGUUCUUCUCAUGCCGAGGCAUUGCCCUGGCCGUACAGUAUUUCUGGGACCGUGGUCACCGGGAAGUGACGGUUUUUGUUCCUGCGUAUCGGAUGGAACCAGAUUCCAGCGUGAGAGAGCAACACUUCCUGUUCGAGCUGCGUGAACUGAGCAUCCUCUCUGUCACGCCUUCGCGCAAAGUGGAUGGGAAGAGCAUCCUGCCGUACGACGACAGGCUUAUGCUCAAAUUGGCAGAAGAGACCAACGGGGUCAUCGUCACCAACGACCAAUUCCGUGAUCUUGCGAAGGAAUCCAAGAAGUGGAUCAGAAUUAUCAAGGAGAGAGUGCUGCAGUACACCUUUGUGGAGAACAUUUUCAUGGUUCCCGAUGACCCGUUGGGACGAGGCGGACCCACCUUAAUGGAAUUCCUGAAGAAAACCCCCAGGUCCAAGCCUGCCAAAUGCCACACCUUUGCUGGCCGGGCGACUCAGGUGCCGGUACCUGUUCAUCCUACUUCGCAGACUGAGGUCCUUCGCCUCCGAGACAGAUGGCCGACGAGUGGUUCGGCUGGGAAUCGACAGAGGAGGCUUCAGGAAAAGAGAGACGAGGAGGAGGAGGAGAAGGCGGCGGUUCGGUCUGUAGCGGAGACAGACCGGCUCAGGAGAGAACUUCUGGAGAUCUUUGUAGACCAGGACAAGAAGAUAGAUUUUGUCCUCCAUCGAAAUCCUUGCAGCUGCGACCUCAACACGCUCUCCGAGGCUGUUCUUAGCCUCGGUUUCUGAGCCACUGAACUUAGUUUUAAAAUCUUCCCCCCUUUACACAAAAGGGUGCAUUAAUGGAAUUCCUUCCUGGAUGGACUUGAACCUCAGACCUUUGGUGCCGAAAAGGUCUAACCAUCUACCGACACAACAAAGGACCCAGGAGAAACUCUGCUAUGCAAAGUUAGCGUAGUAGAUUUUUUGACUUCCCCCGCCGAUGUGAACAUCCAUUGGCCUUCCCUGUCAGGAUUCUGGACCAAUGAGCUCCCUCCCCCUCCCCUGAAACUUGCCAGCAGAAAAAAGCUCUUGUCUUAAUUUUGAUGCACUAAGUCUUCAUAAAACCAGAGCAGCUGUCCGGCACUUGGUCCCAAGAAUGCAGACCUUGCAGUGGAAAGUCCGGGUUAAGCUUCUGCGUGCCAUAAGUUCAGUAAACUGGCCAGCCAAAGGUGUGAUAAGAGAGCAAUACUCCCAAAACACUCUCUCCUUUCUCAGGGCGUCUCUCCAAACUGUGAAUGAAAACGGAUUUCCCUGUCGUGGCCGUCAUCUCCCCAGGACCUCUGGAAAUUGCCCUGUGGGAAGGACUUCUAACAGCACUCUCAAGCCAGAGGCUGUGACAGCGACGUCAAUUCUAGACCAGUUACAAACAGAACAGAAGUAGGAGUUGUAGCUUCUUCAACAGAUUAAAAACUAUUUUCGGAUGGCUUCAGCCAUAAUUUUCCAGAUUAAGGAGGAAACCUCCCUGCGGUAUAGAAGUAAGGACAUUAGAAAGGGUCGUUUUGGAUAAGGCUUCUUUGGGUAUACCCGCUCCCCCUUUUUUGAGAAGGCUAAUCCAUCAAUGCUCUUCGUUUUUGUAUUUUUAAAAAACCGGCUUCUCCAACAUUGUUCCGACAUGCAUUCCGGUUUCUAAGAUUUCUUUUUGCUCCUGUUUCUAUUCUGAAAUUUUAAAAGCCCCCCUUCCAAGUGGCAGAACAAUUUUUUUUUUACCCCCCCCGCCACACCAAAUUAUUUAUUUAUUUUUUAAAAAAUGACCCCCCCAUUAAUGAUAUUGAAAAGACAAUUUUAUAUUCUUGUCUGAACAAAAGAAUCCAAAGUGCUCGCAUUCCCCCCCCACCCCUUUUGCUUUUAAUAAUUUAAAAAUGGAACUGAUUUCAAGAGUUCAUAAUAAAUCUGUGUGU